AUGUGGAAAUCAAUUAUCUCAACCGGCCAACAAGCCACUCGAGCAACCCGCUCCCAACUCUCAAAGCCCGCCCUAUCUCGCACCGCUCCCGCAGCAACAAAAGCGCCCUUUAGCACAACCCCAAGCUCCAAGAAAGAAGAAGUGCCAGACCGCGAAACUCUCAAUCCAGAGCACUCAGAGACCACCAAAUCCGGCACUGACGGCGAAGUUGCCAAGCACCCCUCCGCAUUCGAUCCGUCGAACACAUCACCGGAAACCGAGUAUCAGGCUAGCGAGCAGGAGAGCAGGGAGGCAGGCAAACAUGACCCGUUGAACAUGAGCCCAGCCAACCAGGAUGUCAGUGCUUGGAGAGGCCCGACUGAAGGAGGCCCUGACCGAAACCGGCAGCGUGAUGCUUCUAGUUCUCGUGGCACACCGAAGAAGAACCGCAGUGUUCAUGUUAAGGAGGAUGGAACUCAUGUUUCGUACAAGGAUUAG